AACAGUUUUCUUAUUUUUUUACGAUAGAUUGUAUGUAGUAAAUAUUUGUUUUUAAUUUUAAAUAGUGAUAAUAUUAAUAUUAAUGUCUAAAAACGUGCGUACGCGAGAUUGGAAUAUUGGUAAUGAGCAGCAUGUAAAUAAAAAACAAAAAUGUGCGGCUAAUAACCAAAACAGCAACAAUAAAUCUAUACUGGAACCCAGUGAAAGUAUAUUAUGGCCAGAGACAGAGGAUAGUUUUUUUACUGAUUCAAAAUUAGGCAAAAUCUUAGAAUCGCAUAAUGAGAAUAAUCCCACAAAUGGACCGGUUAACAGUCACAAAUUCUAUGAUGAUCAUUCUGAUGAUAGUUUAUUUACCGACAUUGUACUCGACAAUGAAUCCUUGAGUAGUGGUGGUGAAAAUGUAGGUGCUACACCUAUGGUACAAAUAUUACCUAAUACAGAUAUAGCUGGAGAUGAUACUUUGUUUUCGGAAAUAAAUUUAGAAGAAAUUGUGGCUCCGGAAUGUGCUAAAAUUUCCGGAAAUGAUGAAAUAAUACCAACGCAUAGUAAUAAAACUCCACUUGUAAGUAAAACACAAGACGUCAUUGAGGAUUUAUUCAAAGAUGAUUUCCCGCUUGAUGAGGUGGAUCAAUGUACGCAAAAAUUUCUUAAUGAUGUGGCCUUUAAGUUUCCGGCUGCCAAUGAAACACAAAAAAUUUAUAAAUUACCCCUAAAUGGUUGUAUACAGGGUACCCAGUACGAGACACGUGAAGAGAUUCAAAAUCGUACCAUGAAUCCAUUGCAACAAACUUAUGUAGCUGAAGUAAAUCGUACUGAGUUGCAUCAAUUAUCGAAUAUAAAUUGGGAUACUCAAAUGUUCGAACAUGAAGUUAUUGAGGAUUAUCCAUGUAAGGGAGAUUUUUACGGUCUACCGGAGAAAGUUAAGAAAAUGAUAUUUGAUCACAAGGGCAUACAGAGUUUAUAUGAGUGGCAAGAUGAAUGUCUUAAUCUUCCAGCCAUACGUCAGCGUAAAAAUCUAAUCUACGCUUUACCUACUAGUGGUGGUAAAACAUUGGUAGCCGAAAUCUUAAUGUUGCGUGAGGUUAUAUGUCGUGAGAAAAAUGUUCUCUUCAUAUUGCCCUAUGUGUCAAUAGUACAAGAAAAGGUCAGUGCCAUGUCACCUUUUGCUAUAGCUUUAGAUUUCAUAGUUGAUGAAUAUACAGCCGGCAAGGGUAAAUGUCCACCUGUGCCUCGUAAAAAACGUAAAAGUAUUUAUAUUGCCUCAAUAGAAAAGGGAGCUGUUUUACUGGAUAGUUUAAUCGAUGCACAACGUGCCAAUGAACUUGGCUUAGUGGUGGUGGAUGAAUUGCAUUUGAUUGGUGAAAAGGGUAGAGGUGCCUAUUUGGAAGCACUACUAACAAAAAUUAUGUAUUUGAAUGCUAAAAUCCAAAUUGUGGGCAUGAGUGCCACCAUUGGCAAUCUUUCGGAAAUAUCUGAAUUCUUAAAAGCUGACGUUUAUACACGAGGCUUUCGUCCCGUAGAACUUAAAGAAUACAUUAAAUGUGGUCGUGAUAUAUUGGAAAUAAAUUUACAAGGAAAAACUUUAGAAGAAAUAUUUGUUUAUAGUCGUAGUGUUAAUUUUAAUUAUAGUGAAGCUGUACAAAAAUCAGAUCCAGAUCAUUUGGCUGGUUUGGUAACGGAGUGUGCUCCCAAAAAUGGUUGUUUAAUAUUUUGUUCGUCGCGUAAAAAUUGUGAAAAUGUUGCUGUUUUAUUAAGUCGUGUAUUGCCGAAAUCCAAAUUCUUAGAAUAUCGUAAGAGUGAAAAAAACGAUUUAAUGGAUGCCCUCGACAAAGUUUGUGGCAUUUUGAGUCCCGUCCUAGCGCGUACCAUACCCUAUGGAGUGGCCUAUCAUCAUUCGGGUCUCACUACCGAUGAACGUAAAUUUAUUGAAACUGCCUAUCGGUUCGGUGUAUUGAGUGUUAUAUGUUGUACAUCUACGUUGGCGGCAGGUGUCAAUUUGCCAGCCAAGAGAGUUAUUAUACGAGCCCCAUAUGUGGGUGCAGAGUUUAUGACGUUGUGCAAGUAUAAGCAAAUGAUUGGUCGCGCUGGGCGUGCUGGUAUGGGUGAGGCGGGCGAGAGUAUUUUGAUAAGUUCGAGUCGUGACAAUGUUCGUGUCGGCGAGAUGUUAUUUUCACCCAUGGACAAGGCAAUUAGUUCGUUAGACCAUCAGGGUAGAGUGGGUUUACAGGCCCUGAUUCUUAGUGCAAUUGGUUUGGGUUUGGCAUCAUGCCGGGCCGACUUACAUCGUCUAGUGCAAGGCACUCUGCUGGCUGUGCAAUCAACACAGCUUGGCAUAUCUGUAGAGACAAUGGUCAAGGAAAUUUUACGUGAAAUGUUUAAAAAUAAAGUCUUGCAGAUGUCAAAUAACGAUGCCAAAAAAGAUGUUUCCGAUAUUUUAAUAACACAAGAUCUACAAAAUAAAACAAACAGUGCAAUACCAGAGCGUACCAUUAAAUUACAUAGCAAUACACGUUUUCAAUUGACCACAAUUGGAAAAGCGGCCUUUAAGGCUGGCAUAGAUUAUCGUCGAGCCUAUGCUAUCCACAAUGAAUUGGCUUCAGCACAAAAACAAUUGAUACUCACUAACUAUGGCCAUCUGCUGUACUUGGUGGUCUCUUUCAAUUCAAAUGCUGUGGGCGAUGAAUUAUUUCCAGCCGACGCUGCCAUACUAUUUCGAGCCUACGAAAAAUUGGACGAAGCCACACACACUCUUUUUAAACAAAUGGGUUUUACUGAGGCACAUGCGGCUAAAAUUGCUAAAAAUAUGUCCAUACAGGGUCCUAUGGAAUUGAAACUAAAUCGUUUAUAUAAAGUUCUAAUUCUAAUGGAUCUAAUAAAUGUUGAACCUUUACCGGGAGUAUCGGCUAAAUAUAAUAUCGAACGUGGCCAAUUGCAAAAUCUAAUGAGUCAAGCCACGGCGGCCGCCAGUGCCAUAGUACGUUUGUGUGAACAAAUUGAAGAGUUCUGGUGUUUUAAGCCACUUUUUGAACGUAUUGGCAGAAAAAUGGAUCGUUGCGGUACCUUGGAAUUGGAACCGUUGUUGGAGUUGCCGGCUGUGAAAAUUAAUCGCGCCAAACAGUUGUAUGCAGCUGGUUUUAAAACCGUAGAGGAUAUUGCCAAAAUAAGACCCAUAGAUUUGGUAAAAUCUGUUGAACAUAUGCCCAUGAAAAUAGCCAAAGAAAUAAUAUCGGCAGCAAAGAUAAUUCUAAUGAAAAAACUAGAUCAUUUAGAAGAGGAGACAGAGGCCAUUAAAGUCUGUUUAAGACCAGAAACCUAAACUGUGAAAUGUUAAUAAUAAUUUUGUUUUUUUUUUUUUUAUUUAAAAUGUAUUAUAGUUUCUCUUGUUGUAAUUUAUGGAUUAAAUUUAAUUACAUUGAAAA